UCAUCAGCCAUGGUUUAUUUUGUUUGAGUUUCAUUUGUUUUCUCUGCUUUUCUCUGCGCCACACUGAGAGAAAUCAACAGAACGCGAGACUUUUCCUCAAGUUUCUUGAUAAAACUACUUAUUUUAAAUCAUUGUUUACCAGUAAAGUUGCUUUAAAGCAGUAGUUCAUGGUGAUUUCUAAAUCACUGCAGGUCUCAUGGUCACAUCCUCGUUUCCUGCAGCGUCGCUGCGCUCCAGCAGCUCCCUCACUGACGCAGGCGCCGCGCACCGUGGCGCAUCUCUGCUCAUGAGCUGCCCGUGGUGGAUUUAACAAAAAAGCUGUCUUGAUGCAGAAACGUUGUUUUUGUUUGAGAACCAAUUCUACUAAGAGGUUGUUAGAUUGAAACUGUGCGUCUUCAGGGACUGACUUGGUUGGAGUUUUGUUUCCGCGGAGUUUGAAUCCUUCGGGAACAGCACAGGUGCGGUGGAACGGACAGGUGACUGCUGCUGGCGUGGGGUUGUUUGGCGCCCUGACAGAACCUCUUGUACUUCUGGACUUGCUGUCUGUGCGCACAGAGCGGUCUGGGCAUUGCGGAACGGCGGCUGGAGGUGUUGCUGAUGCAGAAGUGAGCGGGGAUUUGGUGAUUUUUGGAUUCCUCUGUGCAGCCGCGUUCCACACCGCAAUUCAAGAACUGCCAUCACCUUUAACACGGGAACAAUGUUGAUGAAGGAGUACCGCAUCUGCAUGCCUCUCACAGUGGAAGAGUAUCAGAUCGGUCAGCUGUACAUGAUCAGCAAACACAGUCAUGAGCAGAGUGAACGUGGGGAAGGAGUGGAGGUGGUGCAGAAUGAGCCGUACGAAGAUCCCGAACACGGCUCAGGCCAGUUUACGGAGAAACGGAUCUACCUCAACAACAAGCUGCCAAGCUGGGCCCGAGCAGUGGUCCCUAAAAUCUUCUAUGUCACGGAGAAAGCCUGGAACUAUUACCCGUACACUAUCACAGAGUACACGUGCUCAUUCCUGCCCAAGUUUUCCAUCCACAUAGAGACCAAAUAUGAGGACAACAAAGGGAGUAAUGAUAAUAUCUUUGGCAGCGAGCCCAAAGAAGAAGAAACAGAGGUAUGCUUUGUGGACAUCGUCUAUGAUGAAAUCCCUGAGCGCCACUACAAGGAAUCGGAGGAUCUUCGUUAUUUCAAGUCAAAGAAGACCAACAGAGGUUUUCUGCAGGAAGGAUGGAUCAGCACUCAUGAUCCCAUCAUGUGCUCGUACAAACUGGUCACAGUCAAAUUUGAAGUGUGGGGCCUGCAAACACGCGUGGAACAGUUUGUACACAAGGUGAUCCGUGAUGUCCUGACACUGGGACACCGGCAGGCCUUUGCCUGGGUCGAUGAGUGGAUUGAUAUGACCAUGGAGGAGGUCAGGGAGUACGAGCGCGCCACACAGCAGGCCACCAACCUCAAGAUUGGAACAUUCCCACCUGCCAUCUCCAUCUCAGAGACACAGCUGCCGUCCAGCGCUCGAAGCGGACCCAACAGUGCUCCAUCAACACCCCUCUCCACUGAAGCCCCCGACUUCCUGUCAGUUCCCAAGGACAGACCCAGGAAGAAAUCUGCUCCGGAGACUCUGACGCUUCCGGAUACGGGCCGCCGAGAUUCCCUAUUCAAACUGCCCAGCUUCUUCUCCUGGAACUCCAGUCCACAGCCAGAAUGAGAGCAGGGUCGCCCCACCGAGGAAAAAACCCUUCCCGCAAGCCCACAGGAACAGAGGCAGCGUCCUCUCCACUGCAACACGUCCUGGGAGGUUCAAAGAUUCAGCCCGUCGAUGCCGGAGUCUAACGGCGAUCGCAGACUCCUCAAUCAUCCCUCCUUUGAAACAACAGCCGGCCUUCAAUGUGCACCAGUCAGCAUGGAGACCAUUUUCAACUGAAUGUAGCACAUUCCUACAAAGCUCCAUCCCAGAGUCUCAUGUUGUUUUCAUCUAAGCUUAAGGUGUCUUGAUGGCAUUUGGUUGCUUUACAGAACUUGUACAGAAAUGAAUUCUUUAUUUUAAACACCUGAGUCUGGAGCUUCAUAACCUGAGGCGGGUAGUUUGUUUAUUUUGGUUCAUUUUGAAAAUAUGCUGUUGGGUAUUUUGUUUUUUUCAUCCAAGUGUACAGUGAAAUUUCUUGUAUAAACUGUAUGAACCUCAUUCAAAUGAUAUACGGUCAGUAUUUCAAAACGUUGUGUCCAGUGAAGGAGCUGCUAUAAAAUGUAUGUGCAUUAACUGAUGAGACUCUUUCCUCCAUGUUGAUUUACAGUGACUUCUCACAGUCAUCAUGUUGUCGGGUGCUGGCAUGAUUUUUUAAAAAUGUGUAAAUAUGAUGCCUAAGUACGUUUUUCUCCGACUCUCUAGUUUGGUAAAGUGGACUUGUUUUGCUGCCACAUUUAUUUCAGUUGCGUUACUUUUUCACUCACAUUAUUGUCAUUUUUCUGUUUCAGUAUUUAUUUGAAUAUCGUUAAGUAUGAAGAGUCUUUGACUUUGUUUUAUUUAACUCAUAAAAGCCAGUAAAUCUGUUCAAAUGAGAUGUGGAAAUGAAAAUACAUUUUUAAAAAAUGGCUCACAAUCUCUAACAGUUGAGAGUGUGUGUAAAAAAAAAAAGUACAAUCCAGAACUGACUGCAGAUCAGCUGUUGUGUAUCAUAAUUUUUGUAUAUUUGUAUGCAUCUCGAAUAAAAAGCAGUGACCAGA